CAUGAAUCCGGUCCGAUCGUGGAUGCACACGGCUGGGGUGGUGGAUGCGAACACGGCCGCCCAGAGUGGAGUUGGUCUGGCACGGGCGCACUAUGAGAAACAACCGCCAUCCAACCUCAGAAAAUCCAAUUUUUUCCACUUCGUCCUGGCGCUUUAUGACAGACAGGGACAGCCAGUGGAGAUCGAAAGGACAGUUUUUGUGGACUUUGUGGAAAAGGAUAAAGAACCUAACAGUGAAAAAACUAACAAUGGGAUACAUUACAAAAUACAACUAUUGUACAGCAACGGCGUCAGAACAGAACAGGAUCUUUAUGUUCGGUUAAUCGAUUCCAUGACAAAACAGGCUAUUAUUUAUGAAGGUCAAGAUAAAAACCCAGAAAUGUGCCGAGUUCUUCUCACACACGAAAUUAUGUGCAGUCGGUGUUGUGACAAAAAAAGCUGCGGAAACAGGAACGAAACGCCCUCAGACCCCGUGAUCAUCGACAGAUUCUUUUUGAAAUUCUUCCUCAAGUGUAAUCAGAACUGCCUGAAGAAUGCAGGAAACCCACGGGACAUGCGCAGAUUCCAGGUCGUUGUAUCGACAACGGUCAAUGUGGAUGGUCAUGUGUUGGCCGUGUCGGACAACAUGUUCGUCCACAACAACUCAAAACAUGGCAGAAGAGCCCGCCGCCUUGACCCCUCAGAAGCAGCUACCCCGUGCAUAAAGGCCAUUAGCCCCAGUGAAGGCUGGACCACUGGAGGAGCCACGGUCAUCAUCAUUGGCGAUAACUUCUUCGAUGGACUACAGGUCGUGUUUGGCACCAUGCUAGUAUGGAGUGAGCUCAUUACGCCCCAUGCCAUCCGAGUGCAGACCCCUCCAAGACACAUCCCGGGCGUCGUAGAGGUCACCUUGUCCUACAAGUCCAAGCAGUUCUGCAAAGGUGCACCGGGGCGAUUUGUGUAUACAGCUUUGAACGAACCAACUAUUGACUACGGCUUCCAGAGACUGCAGAAGGUCAUUCCCAGACAUCCAGGUGAUCCGGAGAGGUUGCCCAAGGAGGUGUUGCUAAAGAGAGCCGCUGACCUUGUGGAAGCGCUGUACGGGAUGCCACACAACAACCAGGAGAUCAUCCUGAAGAGGGCCGCAGAUAUUGCAGAGGCUCUGUACAGCGUCCCACGUAACCACAACCAGAUCCCGUCCCUUGCCAACACGGCUUCUCACGGCGGAAUGAUGGGAGUCAACUCUUUCGGCGGUCAGCUCGCCGUCAACGUCUCAGAGACCUCACAAGGUCAGGACAGGGAAAAAUCACACUGGAAUACAUGCUGGGACGCUGAAUAUCCUCCUUACAUACAUGGAGUGGGCUAUAGCCGCAACACGAGCAGUGUGUCGCCUCGCGGUUACGUGCCCAGCAGCACCCCGCAGCAGUCCAACUACAACGCUGUCAGCAACAGCAUGAAUGGUUAUGGCAACACGGGAAUGCCCAACCUGGGUGUGCCCAGCUCACCGGGCUUCUUGAAUGGCUCCUCGGCAAACUCUCCCUACGGCAGUAAGUAUCAAGUAGUUCCGUCGAGCCCUACCAUGGCAGCCUCUUCGGUCAGCCUCUCUUCAAACUGUAGCAGUACACACGGCAUUUUCUCAUUCUCACCUGCCAAUGUCAUCUCUGCAGUGAAACAAAAAAGCGCCUUUGCUCCAGUUGUCAGGCCCCAAGCAUCUCCACCUCCUUCUUGCACCAGUGCAAAUGGCAAUGGACUUCAAGCUAUGUCCGGACUGGUGGUCCCACCCAUGUAAAUUGCACUCCCUUCCCUUGUAAAGCAGCCGUCUCCUCACCGGGAUGAAGCAUAGUACGUUAUGCAGAGGAACCUCCUCGAAGUUGUCAUUCGUCAUGAAGUUAAUCAGCAGCUAAUUCUGUUAUUCAGAGGAAAAAGACACUUUGCUUCAAAGAGUUUAUUCGAAAUUGACAUGCAAGCGACUUCACAGUUUAUUGACUGAAUCUUGUCAUUUUCACGAUCUCGAAGGGGAAAAAAAUAACAAAACGUACCUAUUUUGUAUAAACAUUUCUGGUUUAAUCUUGGCUAUGUCUAGUUCUUGCUAUGUGUGGGAAGAAACAUUGUGGAUAUGCCAUUUGAUGAAAACACUGAUAAAAAAAAUAAAAAUGUGUAAGAAUGUUUCUCUUUCACCGAUGUGCUGCCGCUGCACAUA